GAUCAAUACCAGAAUAUAAUGGAAAUAGAGACAAAACAGAUCAAUGGAUAAGACAAGUGGAACAAUGGUUGACAGGAUAUGGAUUACCAAAAGGGAAUGAACCGAUGCAAAUGGUAGAUGGAACAGUAGCACAAGACCCAUUGGUAAGAAUAAAUGACGAAGCAGAACCAGGAAUACAAUGGAGAACAGUUAGAUUAAAAAGAAAUCCGGCAAAUAAUACAGAUGUAAGAAAUCCUUUAGGUUUAACAAGACAAGCAGGGAGAGUUGGAAGAUUGAAUACAACAUUUAACGGACCAGCAAACGACUGUUUAAGAGCAAAAAGAAUAAUAGAAAUUAUAGCAACAAGAUUUUCAGGAGAAGUAAAAAUAGCUUGGGAAGACACUCAAGGAGAUGCAAGGCCUAGAACAUGGGAAAAUCAUAGAUUUAUUGGAGAAACAGGAAAUUUGAUACCAAUAGUGAUAGGAUUAAAAUCAUGGAUAACUAAUAAUUUCUUAAGCAUAGUAAAUCCAGAAUUAAACUACACUAAAUUCAUGAAUAUAAAAAUGACAUCAGAAUUUGAGACAAUACAAGAAUAUAAUGUAUACUUCAAUAAUCUACAACAAUUGGCAAAACAAGAAAACAUGGAAAGGAGAAAUUUAAUUGGACAUUACCUAAGAUCAUUACCAUCAUGGGUAGAAACCAAAUGUAGGAAUUGGUUAGCCACAGAGGAAGCACAAGGAAGAUUCCCGGAAUUAAAAGGAAAUAUAGGAUCAAUCCAAUCAUUUUGUAUUGUAAUUUAUUCACAAAUAGAAAGACGGAAUGGAGAAUUAGGAAUGAGACUUAAUCAGAAAAGAAAUUAUGGAAGAAAAAUUCAAGAAUUAAAUGAAGAAGAAAAUGAUGAUUACAAUGAAGAAAUCGAAGAAUUACAAGAAAAAAUAGAAGCAUUAAGAAUGAGAGCAACAAUAUUUAAGAACCCAAAAUCUAACAGAGAUACAAUGUCAGGAGAAAUCAUUGAUGGAAAGACGGAAACAUUUUCAUGGCAAAAUAAUAAAGAGUCAAAAAGAUUGAGAGGAUCAUUCAGAGGAAAGUCAAGAGGAGGUUAUAAACCAAAUAAACCAAGAAACAAAGACAGAAAUUUUAAUAACCAAAAAGGAAAUUUUAGAGGAGAAAGCAACUUCAGAAGAAGUAAUAAUAGAACAAAAAAUUCAGGAACAAGGAUGUCCUGGGAAGACCUAGAAGAAUUAGAAGAGGAAGAAAAUUAUGAAAAUGAACAAAUUGAAAUGAUGGAAGAAGAAGAAUCAGAAGAUGAUCAGACAAAGAUAGUAGAAAUUCUAGAAGACAAAGAAAUAGAAGUUCCAAGAAAAAUUCAAUCUUCAAAAGAGAAAGGAAGGAAAUAUGAAGAAAAAGUCAUUACAGAAUUAAGAAGCAAAGGAAUACAAGUGAUUGCGACAAAAGAAAGCGUAGAAGGAAUAAAUAUUGGAGAUAGAGGAAUAGAUUUUAUGAUCCAAUCAUCAAAAGGAUUAGUAUUCAGACAAAUUAAAGACUGGAAUAGGAAAGUAGGAGCAGACAAAGUAAAAGAAUUAAUAGUAACAGUGUCAAAAACGAAAGGAAGUAAAGGUAUACUUAUAUCAAAGUCAGGAUUUACAAAACCAGCAUACGAAGAAAUUGAAGAAAGAAAAGACAUAGUAUUAUCAAAUGGAACAGAUAUAGAAGAAAAAAUUCAGGAAGUAAUCUCAAUAGAAAUAGAACAAAGAAAAAGAAUUAGAGAAACAAAAAUAGAAGGAGCAGACGAAAUAAUCAUAAAUAAAGAAUUACUCAUUAAAAAACCAAAGGAUGUUACCAUAAUAGAAGAAAAAAUUCUUCAAUUAAGAAUGGGAAGAAAAGAAAAAAGAGUUCAAAGGCUCAGAAGAGUGGAAAAAAUAGAAAAUCUAAACAGAAUAUACGAAAGUCAAGAAGAAUACUGUAUGGAAGAAAGUGAUAACAACUCAGAAGAAGAAAUAUAUGAAUUGCCAGAAAGAACGGAUUACAAAUUCCAUAUAAGGAUAGAGAUUAAUGGAAAAGAAUACAUAGGAGUAGUAGACACAGGAGCAGCUAGAAAUGCAAUGCGACUUAAAGUAGCAAAAGAAUUAGGAUUAGAUAUAAGACCAACAGAUAAAAUCUUUCAGACAGUAGGAAAUGCAGCAAGAGUCAAAGGAAACCUAGGAAACCAUGUCAUAGAUUCAGAAGGAAUCAUAUGUAAAAAAGAAGGACAGAAGAUAGGAAAGACAUUAAUCAUGCUUUAUAACUCACCAAAGAAAAUAAAAAUAGAAAACAUGAAUGAAAUUUAUGAAGAAGAAUAUACCAAAAAAGAACAAAUGGAACUCUUAAAUUAUCUAGUAAACCCAAAAACAUUGGCAUUAAUGGCAGGAAAAGAGAUAAUAGGAUAUAUGAUAGGAAGGAUUAACGAAAAAUUCGAUAUAACUGGAGGAAUAACAAAAAAAAUGGCAGGAUAUAUUAGAAAACAUUUAAUAGGAAUGGUCAAGAAAUAUGUUUCAACACAACUAAAGGAACAUGUAGUAGACUAUAUGUUAAAUACAAUAGAAAGGAUGGUAAUACCAGAUCAUUUAAUAGAAAAACAAAUAGACAAUCUAUUGUCAUACAUUCUGAAGCUAAUUACAAAAAAUAUAUUUGAGUUCAUGGAAGUAAAUGAUGAAGAAAUGGAAGAAUUAUUGGAAGAAAUACUCAAUGAGGACGAAACAGAUUAUCAAGAUAAAGAUUAUGAAAUUAAUAUACCAGAAUGGAUGAAUCCAGAAAAUGAAGGAAUUGAAGAAUAUGACAAAAGAUUUGAAGAAUUUAUAGAAAAUUAUGAAGAAUCAAUUGAGAUAUUUAAUAAAUGGAACCCAUGGAGAAAUAAAGACGAAAUAACCCCAGGAGUAAAUAGAAAUGAACUAAUAUUCCAAAAAAGAAGUGAAAAUAAUUCAAAUGAAGAAAAAACUUAUAAUAGAAAUAAUGAAGUAAAAUUUGGAGAAUCAGCCGGACCAAAACCAUCAUUCUUAAAUAACAAUAGAAGAACAUUUGAAUCAGGAAGAAUUAUAUCAAGACCAGGGCAAAUACCAAUUCAUAUUAGAAAUGAAGAAAAUAAAAAUGAGGAUUUACCAAAAUAUACGGAAGAACCUAAGAAGGAAGAAAAAAGAGAAGCCUUUGCCAAAAAUAGAAAAUAUGGCAGACAAAAGAUGAGAGACAAAAAAUCAAUUAAACAAAUGAAUAACAAAGAAUUCCUAGAACAAUUUAAAGGAUUACCAGAUAUAAAAGAAUUAAAGGACUUAUUAAUCCAGUAUAAAGAAAUAUUUGCAGUAUCUGAAGAAGAUAUGGAACAAAUACCAAGAAACAUAGCAGAAUUUUCAAUACCCUUCAAGAAAAAUAUGAAACCAAAGGAUAUGGAUAUCAACCCAGAAGAGAAAAAAGAUAUAAAAAUCCAAGAAUCACUGAAGAAAUGGUUAAGGAAUCAAAUUAAUGCAGGAUAUAUUCAGAAAGUUGAGAAAGGUGCGAUAGUCGAGAGAGUAGAAUUCGCCUGUAAUUUAAUACAUGUAGAAAAGAAAGGAAAAACGGAAUUAAGACAUUGUCAGAAUAUGACAAGGGUAAACGAAUGUACAAUAGAAAGAUCACAAAGAAUAGGAUUUCUCGAAGCACAACUCAAAAAUGCAGUAGGAUAUAAAUAUUAUUCAACCAUGGAUAUAAGAAUGGGAUUUAAUAACUUAGGAAUAAAAGAAGAAGACAUAUAUAAAACGGCAUUUAAAUGUCUAUACGGAAUAUAUGUACAAUUAGUUAUGGGUUUCGGAUAUAAAGAUGCACCAACAGAAUUUCAAGAAACAAUGGAAAGAAUAUUCAAGGAAGUGAUAUUUGAAGAUUGGAUAUCAAUAUAUAUGGACGAUAUACUAGUAAAAACAAACUCAACUAGAGAAAUGUUACAACACUUAGAAAAAGUAUUCCACUAUAUGAGAAAAGGAAAAAUUAAGGCAGAUCCAUCCAAAUGUGAAUUUAUGAAAAAAGAA